UUGGGGGCAGUGCUUACCUGAGAUAAGGGCUUAAAAACAGCAGCGUAACAUUGUAUUGCUUAGUUGUGUGAAGCAGAAGAGAGGCUCAACGAGGACAGAGGUGAUAUUUGGAUUACAUGAUGCAGAGUCUCUUGACUCUGUGGCUGUGUGCUGCUCUGCCAGUGCUCCUAUGCGCAUCGCCUCUGUUAGUAGAAGGGGACAAUGAUGCCUCCAAGAUCUGCAAGCCUGCACCACACUGGGAGAUCAAGGGCCAUGGGGUACCCAUGAAGGAGCUGCUGGGAAAUGUAGUUGUUCUGGCUCUGCUGAAAGCCAGCUGACACUUCUGCCUCACACAGGCCUCCAAACUAGGAGGCCUGCGUGACAAGCUGCUCCGCAGCAACCUGACAGACGUGUCGUUCCUCAUCGUGAACGAGAGGGAGGCCCAGUCCAGAGCCAUGUACUGGGAGCUGAAGAGGAGGGCCCCCCCGGGCAUCCCUGUCUACCAACAGGCCCCGUUACAGGACGACGUCUGGGAGGCCUUGGAUGGAGACAAGGACGACUUCCUGGUAUAUGACAGAUGUGGGAGACUGACGUUCCACAUAGUCCUACCCUACAGCUUCCUCCACUACCCCUACAUAGAGGCAGCCGUCAGAGCCACCUACCACAAGGACAUCUGUGGCAACUGCACCGUGGACUCCAACACAACCUCCUCAGCUAGGUGGAACAGCACCCAGAGAAACGAGACACUGAGCAGUUCAGAGAUGCGUGUUAACGAGACAGACAGCACAGUGGUUGAUACAGUGAGGUCUAUUGAUGUCGAUACCGUCAGCAACCCAGUUCCAAUUGAUGGACGCCAGAUGUCGUCUGAGGGGGGUGGUAACAUGUCACACAUACAUCACCAGCAUCAUCAGUACGCCCACCACCAGCAGCAUCAUCAGCACCACCACAAUCAUGGGUCAGAUGCAGAUAAACAGGACUCCAAUUAACAUUGUCUGUGUCGUUUCUGAGAUGAGUAAUUGUUAAUUAGCAUGGUGGUGGUGGUGGUGGCUUGUGUCAGUGACUUGACCGUCCGAUAAAUAGUUUUGUAUGAAUUAAAUUUGAUUUUGUCUGUACCUGUCAAUUGUGUCUGAUAAGGCAAACCUGUACAGUAAACUGGAAUUAUUUAGGCCCUUGAAAUACAGUAUGUCUUCCCUACAUGUGGUCUGGUGACAGGUCCUGCUCUCCUCUGCAGUUUAUGAAGUCUGCAGGUCAAACCUUACGAAGGUGUCUGUAGACAGAUGCUGUGCUAAGGAAAGUUGGACUGACAGUCACCGAACCCAUGCAGGGCAGUGUGCAUGACUUCAGGGUAUACUUGCCAACGUCUUGACUAUAUUUCCUAUUCAUUUUGCAACUAAUUUCAUGUAUGUUUUCAUGGAAAACAAGGACAUUUCUAAGUGAUCCCAAACUUUUGAAAGGUAGUGUAUAUAUACAUAUAUGAUAUAUACAUUCCGGACUCCGACAUAAGAUUUACGUUCCAGGUUGCUGGUUGUUCCAUGAUUAGAUACUGGUUAUUCACAAGCAGGUAGCCUAAGCCUACUAUGUUCUAUAUAGCUAAUCUGAAUUCACAAAUAAACUUAUGAUUAUGUUGUUGUA